UUCAUAGGGCUUCUUUGAUUACUUGGUCAAUUUGGCAUUUUGGGCUUGUUUGGAUGCUUUGAAAUUGCAAAGGAAAAAGAAGAGUGAAAAGUAAGAGCUAAAAAUUCAAAACUACCUGUAGGAAGUCGAGGGAAAAAAAAAGAAGAAAGAACUUCUAUCACUAAAUUUUUAUAAAUCUGAGUUUUGAACUUGUUCACCUUACCUUAAACUUAAUCUACUUCGGUACGCUGUUACUGCUUGAUCAAUUUCCAGAGCCCCUGAUCUGGUAUUGUAUGCAUAUUUAUAUACUGGUAGCAAAUGAAACGUUCAUCUGGUUCGUUACUGAACCCUUGCUUUACUGUCCACCCAUGUUAGAGUGCUUUUACCUUUGCUUUAAACUGCCACCCUUGAGCAAAUGCUUGAGCUGCUUCACUAUUACUAAAUUUAGCAGCUUUACUUGAUCUACUUUCCAACCCCAAUUACAGCUUUAAAGAAUUGUAAUUGCUGUUAACAAAUGAACUCUCUCACACAUGGUGAAGUGGGUAGUAGGCAGUGAUGCUUGCAUUGUUUUGUUUAAACGUGCAGCACUUAGCAUUUAAAUCUCUGAUUCUCAUGGCCUUGAUGGAUCCUCGACUCUUGUUUCUCCAUGUUGUCCCUAGACGUAUUCUAUUUCCAGAAAACUAGUAGCUAUCUGAGAUUCUGAAGUUCAUCUCUAAGGACAAGCUUGAACCUGAUUCCUGCUUCAUUAACAAUAACUUCAUAUAAGAUGGAUGAUGGUGGACAACCUAAUGGGAGGUAUAAGAUUGACUAUUACAAGGCAGCAAAUUCUCCAUGGACUUUGAUGCCCCCACCUCAAUUAAAGGAACAAAAUAAUGCCUUGGUAAUGAAUAAGAAGAUCAUGGCCAUCCUUGCUGAGAGGGAUACUGCUAUUCAAGAACGGAAUAUAGCUCUAGCUGAAAAAAAGGAAGCAUUGGCUGCACGAGAUGAGGCACUCCAGGAGCGGGAAAAAGCCCUUGCUGAGAGGGAUAAGGCCUUGAUGGAGCGAGACAAUGCUCUAGCAGCAAUUCAAUACCGGGAAAAUGGUUUGAAUUUUCCAGUGGGCAAUGGAAAUCAACAAGGGUCAAAGCGCAUUCCCCACCCAGUUUACAAUUCAAAUGCUGUGGCAGGAGCUAUUAACAGUGGAGAAAUGCACAUCACUGAUGCCUUCCCUAUAACAACUGUUUCAGCUGAAACUCUUAAACCACGCCAGACAAAGCGACCAAAAGAGAAUAAAUCUGUAUCAUCAAAGCCAGCUAAGUCACCAAGGAAGGGCAAUAAAGUAGGUGAAGAUCUAAAUAGACAAGGCACUUCAGAUGGGAAGAAAUUUAAGGUUGAAUGGGAUGGUCAUGAUGCAGGAUUGAACCUGGUCAGUUUUGAUGAGACCACUAUGCCAGUGCCUGUUUGUACAUGCACUGGAGCUCCCCAUCAAUGCUAUAAAUGGGGGAAUGGUGGGUGGCAGUCAUCCUGUUGCACCACCACUAUGUCAUCAUAUCCACUACCACAGAUGCCAAAUAAGCGCCAUGCCCGAGUUGGUGGACGGAAGAUGAGUGGUAGUGUCUUCACAAAAUUACUUAGUCGGUUGGCAUCUGAAGGCCACGAUCUUUCAGUGCCUCUAGACCUCAAAGACUACUGGGCAAGACAUGGGACAAAUCGCUACAUCACCAUAAAGUAGACUCUCUCUCAUGGAGCCGUGCUUGGUCUUAAAUUUAUCUGUUAGUUGCAUGUAACUAGUAUUGCUGAACUGUUUUUUAGAAAAAUGUGGAGCUUCUUUGUAGAAAGAUUGCUUGUGGUGCUUCAUGGAUUAUAUCUGGCAGCUCUUAUUUGAGUUAAUACAUAUGACUCAAUGUUGGUAGGCUAUU